ACCCAGCAUUCUAGUGGCCCAUCUUGGAGAGCAUGACACCACUGCCGAUGAGGGCACUGAGCAACAUAUACAGGUGGCCAAAGCCAUCCGGUUCCCGAAGUACAACGAGCGCACCACGGACAAUGACAUCAUGUUGGUGAAGCUGGCCCAGCCAGCCCGGUUCAACGCCUACGUGCAGCCCAUCCCUGUUGACAGCAGCUGCCCUGUGCCUGGGACGGUGUGCCGGGUCUCCGGCUGGGGCAACCUCCUCACCUCUGGGGUUCAGUACCCGGCUGCCUUACAGUGUCUGAAUGUGCCCAUCCUCUCUGACUCUGCCUGCCGUGCCUCCUACCCCGGCCGCAUCACCACCAACAUGUUCUGUGCUGGCUAUCUGGAGGGGGGCAAAGACUCUUGCCAGUUGCAGAAGGGGGCAUUAGACACUGUUCCAUGUCAGCUGGGCAUCUAUGAGGCCAUUCAGGAUAAAUUCUAA